UCUAGGUUCUUCUUUUUCUUCUUCUUCCUCCUCUUCAUUCUUCUCUGUAACCGCAAAACCUAUCUGUGGUUUUAGGUUUUUUCUGAUCUCUUCCUUCACGAUGUUGCAAUGGAUGGGAGGAUCGAGGAAGAAAGUUAAUACUUCAAGAAUGUCAACGCAGAAGAGACAAAAACAAUAUUUUGAACAAAAGAAGCGUCAGCAACAAAAUCUGCAGAUGCUUGGGUUAGAUAACUGUACUAACAGCACAGGCAUAACUGCACAGAACCGCAAACAACAUCGUUCGCUAGACAUUCUUAAUUUGCUUAACUUGUCAACAAAUACACAAAAAUGCGACUCUUCCCAUCUUAAGGGGAGGGAUGACGGAGAAAGCAAUAUUUCUACCUUGCCCAACAGUAUCUCAGCAAAUCAACCAACUAUUUUUGCAAACAUGGAUACUAAUGUAGAUACCUACAGAUUUGAAGAAGCAAAAGCAGGAUCCUAUUUGUGCCGCCAGAUAGAAACAUCUCCAAAGAAGAUUUUAACAAGUUUUCCCACUCAAAAGAAUCCUACUGUCAAUCAACAGGCCAGCCAAUCAAAGACAGUAACUGAUCAAUACUCGGAAUUAUCUGUUAUCGAUUUACUUUGUUGCGAUGAGCCCACUGCCACUGUGGAGAAGUGUCCAACCUGUGAAGAUCAUGUUUCUUUUUCACUUGAAGGUUUGGGUAAAGUGGGGACAGAGACGCCAGUUCAUUCCCCAGAACAAGCUAGAAUUCCGCGCCACCACUCUCCAUUGCUGAAGAAUGGAAGGAAAUCAAAAAUGAAAAACCUCGAUUAUGUGCUGGAUGACAUUGAGCUUGAAGUGGAUACAAUGAUGGAAGAUAUCAAGGUUUCCCCUAUAAGCAAUUCUCAGAACUUCCCAUUUAACAAAGUAAAGCUAGAUUCGGCUGUUGCUGGAGACCGCAAGCAUUAUUAUGAUUAUGCUAACAAAAAGGGCUCUACUGUCAGUGAAGAAUUCUUCUACACGACUGAAAAUAGUAAAGAAAGCCUAUGGAAUGUUGGUUCUGGCUUCCUUGAAAAGCAAUUUGACAACAAAGAAGGCUUUGAUACCUUGUGGAAUCGGACUUUUGAAAGUGGUUCUAGGUCCCCUGAAGUAGUGCAUGGAAGGUCCUGCAAAGUGGGAAGUUAUGCUUUUGAUGAGGACCUACCACCAAAGCCAUGGUCCUCAGCAACAGCAAUGAAAGAAAUCAACACAAGCGAGCAACCGACUUCGCUUUUCAACGGCCAAUUAGAGAAUGAUUUUGACUUCUACAUGCCUCGUGGGGCAAGAUGUCCUAGAUUAGAUGUGGGCUUCAAUGCUGAAAAUUUAGUUCCAGAAGACAUAAGGGAUAAUUCCAGCUUGCAGAGCGAUGAGUCAAGCUCAUCCACUGCUGUGAUGGGUGAGGCCAUCAAGCAUUCAUCAUCAAGGUUACGGACAGAAGACAACAGAAGAAACCAUAUAGAUGCUUUUGCAAGCACUAGAAAUAAGUGCAGCACUAAGGAAGAAAAACGUAGCAGCAUGUCAAAUCCAUCAAAGCGAAAAUCAUCUCAUUACUCAACCUCUAUUCUCCAGGAAGAGUUGAGUGCACAUAACAUCUGGCAAUUUGAGGAAAGAUGUGUAUCAGUUGAUAGAAGUUCUGGUGCCACUUCAUUCUGUCAAGAUCUAGAGGAAAAUUUUCCCGUCUUUGGCGCCAAGAAUAAAACCGAAGACCCUUUCAACAUCUUUACAAACCCAGAAUUACAGAACAAGGUAAGUGCUUCCUCUGGGGGAUUUAAGAGGGCUGCAUUGGCAGAUUCACCUCCGCGCAGUUUUACCUCCCACAAGUUUGCAUUUCCUUGUUCAAAGGCAUUCCCAGAUGCCGAGUCAUGGCCAAUGAGCUCAGGUUUAUCUCCAGAUUUUCAGUUCAAAGAAAAGCCUCAAGAUGCUGCUGGUUUUCACCGGGAGACUUCAUCAAGUGAUACAUCAGCACAGGGAAGUGCUAGCAAAGGUGAGAGAAAAGUGAGACUGCAAAAGCACAGAUGCAAAACAUUUGAGCAAGGAGAAGAUAUUUUCAUGGGAGAUAAUGAAUUGUCCUCGGACAAGAAAAUGGAAAGAGAUGCUUCAAAUUCCAAUAAUCAUAAGCAAGAGGGUCAAGGCACAGAGGACACAAAUCCAAAGACAAUAGAGUCUCUUGAAAAGACAGACGACUCUCCUAACCAUGUGGAAGAGAUAUCAUCAUCAAUGAAGAAAGCUAACAAACAUGAAAGCAAAGUAGAAAAAAGAGAGAGCAAUUGUGAUGCUGAAAAUCCUCUGAAAUAUGAAACUACAGAGGAAGAAAUUAAAAACUGGGGGCGUGAAGGAGGAAGAAAUACGACGCUUCUUUGUGUUCAGAGGGUAUGGAAGGAGGCAUGCACAAGUACAAUACCAAGAAGGAAUAAUCCCUUCCUUGGACCUGGCAGUGAUGCAAUUUUUCAUCGGAUUUAG